GCCCUCAACACAAUAUAUACAUCGACACAUUCUCCCUCGGCUUUAAGUCACAGGCUAUCGCAAAAUGGGUCGCGAAUUACAAAAGCGAAAGAACCGGGCAAAGGUACCGAAGCUCAAAAAGAAGCGCAAGUUGUUGCGUAACGGCGAUAAGAAAAUAAAUGUUCUUGGGAAUGCUUUGAUUGCAGAGAACUGGAACAAAAAUGAGACCUUAAUCCAAAACUACCGCCGUCUCGGCCUCACAACCCGCUUAAACGCUCCAACCGGCGGUGUCGAAAGACCCAAAGGUGUCGACGCCCUCACGGCAGACAAACUCACAUCCGACUCUCUGCAUAUCACCGGCACUAAAAACCCUAAUGCCACUACAUUAUUCGAUCCCGAGGAAGUCCAAGUUGAAAGAGAUCCCGAAACCGGCAAGAUCCUACGGGUCAUCACAAAUAACGAAGAAGACGAUGAAAUCGAAGUCGCCGGACGAAAAGUCAAACGCUCAAAUCCAUUAUCCGAUCCUAUUAACGAUAUUGAAAAUGGAGUUAAAUCUUUACACAAAAAGGCUGGACUGGAUACGGGAAGCUCAUCAUCAGCCUCCGAGUUUGUGCGUCAAUUGGAAAUGCGUGCUUUACAGGAAGAGGAAGCCGUUAAGAAACGUCGACCACGACAACAGAGUAAAAGAGAGGAGGAAUGGGUGGAGAGAUUGGUGGCUCGUCAUGGAGAUGAUAUUAAGGCCAUGGUCAGGGAUAAGAAGCUUAAUCCUAUGCAGCAGAGUGAGGGUGAUAUAAGGAGACGAGUUCGCAUCUGGAAGGAAAGACGGUCUGCUUAGCUGCUUAGCUGAGUUUAUUGUUGUUUUCGUGGCGUUUAUACCAGGCGUUGGCGUUUUAAUAUUAUGAGUGGUCAGUGAAGAUUAUUCUAUUGGCAAUCUACAU